AUGAGUGACCACCGAAACAGCCGGCGGAGGACAAUGAAGGAUGAUGAGACCUUGGAAAUCUCCAUCCCCUUUGACCAGGCGCCCCACCUAGACCCGCAGAUCUUUUACAGUUUGAGCCCCUCUCGGGGAAACUUCGAGGAAUCCCCGGAGGCGGGGUCGCCUGCCCUGGCCCUGAUGAAUGGCGUCAAGGCCCAGCUGCACAUGGCUUUGGAGAGGAAUUCCUGGCUGCAGAAACGCAUCGAGGACUUGGAAGAGGAGAGGGACUUUUUACGGUGUCAGCUGGACAAAUUCAUCUCUAGUGCCCGGAUAGAUUCAGUAAAGGAUGCGGACGGCGUUCUCUGCCGUUACAAGAAGAUCCUGGGAACCUUCCAGAAGUUGAAGAGCAUGUCUCGCGCCUUCGAGCACCACCGAGUGGACCGCAACACAGUGGCUCUGACCACGCCCAUCGCGGAGCUGCUGAUCGUGGCCCCUGAGAAGCUGGCGGAGGUGGGCGAGUUCGACCCCUCCAAGGAGCGCUUACUGGAGUACUCGCGCCGAUGCUUCCUGGCCCUGGAUGAGGAAACGCUCAAGAAGGUGCAAGCUCUCAAGAAGAGCAAGCUGUUACUGCCCAUCACCUACCGCUUCAAGCGGUGA